CUCAUCUUGUAUUGCAGACACAUUCAAAGUUCAUCAUGUUGCUCCCUCUGGUGGUAUUACUGGUAAUGAUCAUAUUCCUGUACAGAAGGCACAGACUCAGCCUGAUUCUGGACAAUCUUUCAGAUAGAUUUGUACUUAUAACUGGAUGUGAUUCUGGUUUUGGCAAACAGCUUGCAAGGCAGUUGGACAGACGGGGAAUGAUAGUUUUGGCCACUUGUCUGACGCAGAAUGGAGCUGAAGAUCUGAAGAAAGAAGCAUCCAGCCGACUGCAAACAGUAAUACUGGAUAUUUCUGACACUCAGAGUGUCAGCUCCGUUUCUACAUGGGUCUCUGGAUUUGUCGGUGACAAUGGUCUGUGGGGGUUAGUGAAUAAUGCAGGAAUUGGGAUGCCUGGUGCACCUAAUGAAUGGUUGACAAAAAAGGACUUUGAAGGAGUUAUAAAUGUGAAUUUGCUGGGUCCUAUUGAUUUAACCCUUAGGCUCUUGCCAUUAAUCAGAAAAUCCAAAGGGCGCAUUGUUAACAUGUCCAGUAUAGUGGGGAGAGUAACUAUCUGUGGAGGAGGAUAUUGCAUUUCUAAAUUUGGAGUUGAAGCAUUUUCAGACAGUCUGAGGCGCGAGCUGAGACCCUUUGGACUAAAAGUUUCCAUUAUAGAGCCUGGCUAUUUUAAGACCGGCCUGAAUGAUAUGCAGUACAUGAAAAACAUUUUGAAGAAUAUUUGGACAAACCUCCACCCUGAAAUCCAAUACAGUUAUGGACAGAAGUAUUUUGAACAUUAUGUGUCCGAUAUGGAGAAAACCUUUUUAUCCCUCUGCAAUACAGACCUAACUCCUGUCACAGACUGCAUAGAGCAUGCACUGACUGCAGUCCACCCCAAAACACGCUACUCAACAGGCUGGGAUGCCAAACUCUUCUUUAUUCCACUCUCCUAUAUCCCUACUUUACUCUCUGACUACCUGCUUACUCAAACAGCUCCCAUACCAGCUCAUUAAAUGGUUUAAAUGGACUAU